AAAUGACGAAUGUUAUUCUUGUAAUCUUCUGAAACUAAAACCACAAACAAACUUUCGCUAAAAGGGAACGUUAAUUAUUUACAACUCAUGAACUGGCAGUGCGCCUUUGGGGAGACACUGCAAAGUUUUUGGCAUAACAUCACAGCUUUACUACAGAACUAGACCAUGGACUGUGUGAAGAUACACUGUGUUUGUCUUCUGGUUUUGAAUUUCAUUCGAGUCCGAAUAGAAGCAUCUACUUUGAGAUCUGACUCUCCUCUCACAUCAGAGACUCUAGAAAGACURUUCAAGAAGCAACGAUACGACCCAAGAAUACGACCAAAUGUGAACGGUCCUCCCACUCGCAUUUCUACAGGGUUUUGGGUUUUGUCGAUCGAUUCAGUCAGUGUUACUGAUAUGGCUUUUGGUGUAGACAUAUUCCUCAGGCAAGAAUGGGUAGACGAACGAUUAGAUAUAGGUUUGAACCAAACRUUAUCGCUUGGCAGUUCCGUCAUGUCUGAUAUGUGGCUUCCUGAUACAUACUUCAAGAAUGCUAAACGAUCAACCUUUCAUGACGUUACUGCAAAGAACCUCAUGCUUCGCAUUGGAAACAAUGGCAGCGUUCAUUACAACACCAGGGUGACAUUAAAGAUCUUGUGUAUUAUGGACCUAAGGCUGUAUCCAUUUGAUGUACAACAUUGUCCACUUCAUCUAGAAAGCUAUGGUUAUAGUGUUGAUGAUAUUACGAUGUCUGUUUUUACUGUAUUUUUUAUUUUUUUUUUCUCAGGGAACUGGUCUGGUUUGACAGCAACAUUCACGUUCCAACGUACUUACAGUUUUUACGUGAUUCAGAUCUACGGCCCUAGCGCUUUGAUUGUAGUCCUGUCGUGGAUUUCCUUCAUGUUACCACGUGACCAUCCUCCAGCUAGAGUAACAUUGGGUGUCACGUCAGUACUGACGGUCGUCACGGUAUUUACUAUGUCUAACCAAGCAAUGCCACGGGUGAAUUAUGUGAAGGCUAUUGAUAAAUACCUUAUCACGUGUUUCCUGUUCGUGUUUGCAUCGCUUGUUGAGUACGCGAUUCUACUGACUUUCAUCCAUCGUCAGCAUCAACACAAAUCCCAGGAAAUUAAUAGAAGAAAGAAAACAUCUUCAACAAGUACAAUAACAAAUGGUGAGCCGGUAAAGAUACCCAAGGAACUAAUAUUCUCGAGAAGAUUCGACCUAACAAAGUCAACUAUAAAUCACAGGAAAUCCUCGCAAGCAUUGAAAGAAUUUUCUAAGAAUCCAGACUUUAAGUUCUGUCAUGAUGAAAACCGUUGUUUUUACAGAGAUGAAAAUAUCGCUGCAAUAGAUCGCUACUCGCUCAGACUCUUCCCCCUCGCUUUUACCCUCUUCAAUCUUUACUACUGGAUUUGCAUUUUUAAAUUUCCUUAUUUGGUGAUUUCAAGAGUGAAUUAUGUGAAGGCUAUAGAUAAAUACCUUAUCACGUGUUUCCUGUUCGUGUUUGCAUCGCUUGUUGAGUACGCGAUUCUACUGACUUUCAUUCAUCGUCAACAUCAACACAAAUCCCAGGAAACUAAUAGAAGAAAGAAAACAUCUUCAACAAGUACAAUAACAAAUGGUGAGCCGGUAAAGAUACCCAAGGAACUAAUAUUCUCGAGAAGAUUAGACCUAACAAAGUCAACUAUAAAUCACAGGAAAUCCUCGCAAGCACUGAAAGAAUUUUCUAAGAAUCCAGACUUUAAGUUCUGUCAUGAUGAAAACCGUUGUUUUUACAGAGAUGAAAAUAUCGCUGCAAUAGAUCGCUACUCGCUCAGACUCUUCCCCCUCGCUUUUACCCUCUUCAAUCUUUACUACUGGAUUUGCAUUUUUAAAUUUCCUUAUUUGGUGAUUUCAAGAUGACAUCAUCGCACGUGAUAAGGCACGUGAUAAGGCAGAUUACCUGGAGGAACCAGAAGAUGGCAAAAGGGAAUGGCAUAGAAAAUAUAGCGUUAAAUGGAUAGAUUUAGGGCUGUGAAAAAAUGUUAUUUCAAAUGAACAAUGCCCAUGCUUUAGUUGUUUCUUUUGAAACCCUAAAAACCUUUUCACAACCGCCAAAUCGUCGACAAAAUUGGCGACAAAAUGAGCGAUCGCAAUCUAUGGCUCAUGUUAGCUGGUUUCAAAAAUACAUCUACUGAGAGUAGGAUCAUGUCCCCCAUGGGCCACCGUACGUCAUAACCCAAUAAGUUAAGAAGCAACAGCUAGAAAUUCUACUAUUCCAAAAUUUGAGCCAAAAUAACUCAACAGAGUUGUUGCUAUGGGACGUGUUUCAUUGACAACGAUAUAUAUUUUAGGUUGUGAUAUCGAAGUAAUUUGUGAAGAGGUAUUUUUAUGUUUAUUGUAUGUAAACUUUACUCAAAAGUACUUUGAAUAUUUUAAUUUAAAAUACCUAUUAACAUUAAAUUGACACUCUAAAUCUACCUUUAUAGUUACCAACUGAUUUUGAGACCUGUUUGAUCUUGAAAAGUUUUUAGUUUUGUUUGUUUGUUUAUUUGUUGUUGUUUUUUUUGUUUGUUGUUUUUUUUUUUCACUGCCGGGAUAGUUACUAGUCCUUCUCUAAGAAAGUCAAGAAAACAUUUGGCCAUGAUUACAAACCGAAGUAAUUGGUAUGAAAUGGUCGUUAAGUUUUUUGUUAAAAUUCACAGUAAAAAAUAGUCAUUGAACGGUGAAGAUAUUAUUGGAGGCGAGAGAUCUUUUCAACACCCGAAGAUAAAAUCUGUAUCUCGUCGCGCCCAUGUAAUAUUCCAUUUAUCAUAUAAUAAACGUUUAUUCUAACCUCCAAUAUCUACCACAAAUGUGUGAAAAUAACAACUUUACGUAAUGGAGAAAUAGAGUGCACGCCAUAAGCAUGAAACAAUUCUUAA